CUGGGGCACAGGGAAGCAUCUAGUUUGUAGCCCUGACUAGGAGGUUUGGAGGGCAGAGGAUGGAGACCUCAGUGGACACUGGAAAGGACAUUCCAGUCCUGGGCAGGAUCCCUGUGCCCUCUGGGCUCCCCGUGUUUCUUGGUAUCGGGAUAAGCAGUGGGUGGCAGAGGCAGGAGAGAGAUUCCUGCCAGCUGCGGAGUGGCACAUCCCCGCUAGCUCCUGAUUGCUGUCAGCCCUGCGGGAUGUGCGCACACUGUAGUGCUCAGAAUCCUGGGAACCCCUAGGCUCCGGAGCAGCCCCGCAUGACAGCCAAGAGCACCUUGGAACCGCCCACCCACCUUCGUAUAGUGGGGACCCAGCCACCGCCCAGCCAGGCAACGCCUCACUCUGUGGGCUCGCAGGACUGGCUCACGAAGCCUGGGCAGCUGCGCUGGGGCCGUGAGGACGAGCUCACGUGUGCGCAGGGAGGAGGCGAGGCCCCGCCCCGGGGCGGAGGGCUCAGGAUUAAAGGCCACAGGCAUCGGCUGGCCAAAGGCUGGAGAGCAGUGGGGACGCAGGGGGCGAUGCCUCCACACAGAGGCCCCCUGUGGGCUUUGCUUGUGGUGCUGGUACUUGUGCUGCCAUGGGCUGGGGCCAUCGAGGAGGAGCAGGGUGGAGCCAGCCAGGGCUUCCAGAUUGUCACCUUCAAAUGGCACCAUGUCCAGGACCCAUACAUCAUCGCGCUCUGGAUCCUUGUGGCCAGCCUGGCCAAAAUUGUGUUCCACCUGUCCCACAAGGUCACCAGCAUCGUGCCUGAGAGUGUGCUGCUCAUCAUGCUGGGCCUGGUGCUAGGGGGCAUCGUCUGGGCGGCUGACCACAUCGCCUCCUUCACGCUGACGCCCACGGUCUUCUUCUACUACCUGCUGCCCCCCAUCGUGCUGGACGCUGGCUACUUCAUGCCCAACCGGCUCUUCUUCGGCAACCUGGGCACCAUCCUCCUGUAUGCAGUCAUCGGCACCGUGUGGAAUGCGGCCACCACGGGCCUGUCGCUUUAUGGUGUCUUCCGCAGUGGCCUGAUGGGCGACCUGCAGUCCGGGCUCCUGGACUUCCUGCUGUUCGGCAGCCUCAUCGCAGCGGUGGACCCAGUGGCUGUCCUGGCAGUAUUUGAGGAAGUCCACGUCAAUGAGGUCCUGUUCAUCAUUGUCUUUGGGGAGUCACUAUUGAACGACGCUGUGACCGUGGUCCUAUGCAGUGUGUUUGAGUCUUUUGUGACACUGGGUGGUGACAAGGUGACAGGUGUGGACUGCGUGAAGGGCAUAGUGUCCUUCUUUGUAGUGAGCCUGGGGGGCACACUGGUGGGGGUGGUCUUCGCCUUCCUGCUGUCCCUGGUGACCCGCUUCACCAAGCACGUGCGCAUCAUCGAGCCUGGCUUCGUCUUCAUCAUCUCCUACCUGUCCUACCUCACGUCUGAGAUGCUGUCCCUGUCAGCCAUCCUAGCAAUCACCUUUUGUGGCAUCUGCUGUCAGAAGUAUGUGAAGGCCAAUAUCUCAGAGCAGUCAGCCACCACAGUGCGCUACACCAUGAAGAUGCUGGCCAGUGCGGCAGAGACCAUCAUCUUCAUGUUCCUGGGCAUCUCCGCCGUGGACCCCCUCAUCUGGACCUGGAACACGGCCUUUGUGCUGCUCACACUGCUCUUCAUCUCAGUGUACCGGGCCAUCGGUGUCAUCCUACAAACCUGGAUCCUGAACCGGUACCGAAUGGUGCAGCUGGAGACCAUCGACCAGGUAGUGAUGUCCUAUGGUGGCCUGCGAGGGGCUGUAGCCUAUGCCCUGGUUGUGCUUCUGGACAAGAAGAAGGUCAAGGAGAAGAACCUGUUUGUCAGCACCACGCUGAUUGUCGUUUUCUUCACAGUCAUCUUCCAGGGCCUGACCAUCAAGCCCCUGGUCCAGUGGCUGAAGGUGAAGCGCAGUGAGCAGAGGGAGCCCAAACUCAAUGAGAAGCUGCACGGCCGGGCUUUCGAUCACAUCCUCUCAGCCAUAGAGGACAUCUCAGGACAAAUCGGACACAAUUAUCUCAGAGAUAAGUGGAGCAAUUUUGACAGGAAGGUCCUCAGCAAAAUCCUCAUGAGAAGGUCAGCCCAAAAGUCUCGAGAUCGGAUUCUGAAUGUUUUCCACGAGCUGAACCUCAAGGAUGCCAUUAGCUAUGUGGCUGAGGGAGAGCGCCGUGGGUCCCUGGCCUUCAUUCGCUCCCCGAGCACUGACAACAUGGUCAAUGUGGACUUCAGCACACCACGGCCAUCUACUGUGGAGGCUUCGGUCUCUUAUCUACUGAGGGAGAAUGUGAGUGCUGUCUGCCUGGACAUGCAGUCCCUGGAGCAGCGGCGAAGGAGCAUCCGAGACACAGAGGACAUGGUCACCCACCAUACACUGCAGCAGUACCUGUACAAGCCAAGGCAGGAGUACAAGCACCUCUACAGCCGGCACAAGCUGACACCUAACGAGACCGAGAAGCAGGACAAGGAGAUCUUCCAUAGGACCAUGCGCAAGCGCCUAGAGUCCUUUAAGUCAGCCAAGCUGGGCAUGAACCAGAACAAGAAGGCAGCCAAGCUGUACAAGAGGGAGCGUGCACAGAAGCGGAGGAACAGCAGCAUCCCCAAUGGGAAGCUGCCCAUGGAGAGCCCAGUGCAUAACUUCGCCAUCAAGGAGAAAGAUUUGGAAUUUUCGGACCCUGAGGAGGCCCCAGACUAUGAAGUUGAGGAGAGCACCGGAGGCAUCGAGUUUCUCGUCAAAGUCACAAAGGACACAGCCUCAGACUCCCCAGCAGGAAUUGAGAACCCUGUGUUCUCCCCGGAUGAGGACCUGGACCCCAGCAUCCUUGACAGGGUGCCACCCUGGCUGUCCCCAGGGGAGACUGUGGUGCCCUCCCAGAGGGCUCGUGUGCAGAUCCCCCAGUCUCCCAGCAACUUCCGCCACCUGGCACCAUUCCACCUCAGCAGCAAGUCAGUGGACUCCUUCCUGAUGGCUGACAGCUCCAAGGAGAGGACCCACAUCCUCCCUGAGUCCACGCACAUGUAACUGGUGCCCCAACCCUAACGCCUGUUCUCUCUGAUGCUUCCUCCAGGGCUCUCCUGGACUCACACUCUCCAGCUCUCUCCAGCAAUUCUUCCUCCUCUAGAUCCCAGCUUCCAGCUGCAGACUCUGCUGACAAACCAGUCUUUGCUUCUCCUUAGGACACAGAGAUCCAGAGGGCAUGAGGGCUUGUGUUUGCAGGUUGCCCUGGGGAGAAUUCACUUUGAGUCUGUCAGCUGGGUCACACGGGUGUCUGUGGCCGGCCUGAAUCUCAUUCACUCCGGCCCAGAACAAAGGAGCAGGGAGGGCAAUGUGCAGGAAGGGGCCCUGGAAGGAUCCAGGCACAGGAGAACGCCCAGGACAGAGGCAGUAAGUCUCUUCUACCUCGUACAGGCAGGGUGCAGGGAAGGUGCAGGAAGGCUCUGCCCAUCAGCUGGCUGCCAGCACCCUUGCUGGGGCUCCUGCAGAGCCGGACCCAGGAGGAGGUGAAGAGCCCGCAGAGAUCUCUGGCAGCACGAUCUUAGUCAUUCCACGUUGUUCUUUGGGUGCAUUAGGUAGCUAGAAGUGUAGUAGAUGGGUGGGUCUGGCCCACAUGAGGUUUCAGGCCUAUUUCAAAUGGAGGAGGGAGUUUUUCUGCCUAGUGGACGCUGGCAGAGGCCGUGGAUCUGGCCCUUCACUAAGGCACCCCUUGGGCCGGGCCACUAGGACUUGGGGACCGUGCAGCCGGGAACCCACUGCUGCUCUACUGCCUCUUGCUGCUCUUCCUCUGGACCCCGCUUGUCCCUCCCCCGUGUCCUCCUCUGUCCUCGGAGUGGGUGCGGCUUGCGCAGAGGGGCGGGCACAGUCGCGGGCUAGCCGGAACACGUCGCAAGACACUGCAGGGACCCCCUCGUCCUGGACCCCGCGUUGCUUCAGCCUCACACCCUGCACCCCACAGGUGACACC